AUGGCAUAUAGUAAUUCAGGCUCUUACACGACCGGAAACAGCACAAAAUCAGAGGCACAAGUAUGUCUUAAAUUUCCUCCUAAAGUCAGUUCUCCAGGUUUGAUGGCAUUGUGGUCGGCCAAAGGACAAAACAAAGGAAAACUUAGGAUGCUAAUGGAAUAUUCUGGUCCUAGGCUUCAGAUCCAGAUGGUUGUCACUUUUGUACUCACUCAAGCCAUUCAUAGUGUGCUUAAACACCUUAGGCUGCCAAUGUUCAUAUCCCAGAUUCUUGCAGGGAUGAUAUUGGGUCCUAUGGUUUUCAGGGGCAAAAGGUCGUUGAUUACGUCGUCGGACCAAAGUGUGGCAGUUCUAGGUACGGUGGGGGCCAUCGGGUAUAUGUUCUUUUUGUUUCUGAGUGGGGUGAAAAUGGAUGUUGGCAUGACAUUCAGAUCUGGUAAGAAGGUGAUAUGUAUUGGGGUUUUAACAGUGGUGGUGCCACUAAUGGCUUGUUUGAUAACAGCCAAGUCACUUAACCAAGAAAGUCAAUUCUUCACAAACAAACGUGUUUUUCUUGCGGUAACGUACUCGGCGACUUCAUUCCCGGUCAUACAUUGUCUUCUCAGUGAGUUGAAACUUCUUAACUCGGAACUCGGUAGGCUAGGUUUAUCGGCGGCGCUUAUUGGUGAAAUCGUGGCAUUAUUUCUUUUAACCAUUUGUCAAUGGGUGGUUGAUGGGUUGGAAAAUGGUUGGAAAGUGGUGGUGAGCAAUUUUGGAUUCUUUACUGUCUAUUUUGUUAUCGUGGUGUUUUGGUUUCGACCCGUAAUGAAAUGGAUGGUGAGAAAAACCCCCGAGGGUGGACAAAUCAAGAAUUCUUACCUUUAUAUUGUGAUUGGGGCUUUCAUGGUUUCACAUAAGCUUGCCGAACUAUUAAAAGUGUACAUUGUCUUUGCCCCAUUUCUUGUCGGAUUGGCUGUCCCGGAUGGACCACCGUUGGGAUCUGCUUUGGUCGAGAAACUUGAACCUAUUGUUGAGGGUUUGUUUAUGCCUUUGUUUGUUACAACAUGUGGCAUGCGGAUUGAUUUUUCUUAUCUCAAAAACUAUGGUUCCUUUGCUAAAGACCAAGUCAUAUCAGCUGUCGUCACCAAUUUUGUCAAAUUCGGUGUCUCUUUCCUUCUUCCUUUCUUGUGGAACAUCCCCAUUAGAGAUUCUUUGGCAUUUGCUUUUAUAAUGUUAAACAAAGGUAUAGUUGAGAUGGCUUCCUAUAGCUUCAUGAAUGAUACCCUGGUUAUAUCUCAGGAUAUGUUCGCUUUCGUGACAAUUAUUGUCAUUUUGAUAGCAAGCAUUGUUCCAAUAUUUGUGAAAACCCUCUACGAUCCAUCCAGCAAGCAUGUACGUUACUUGAAAAAGAGUAUCAUGGACUGUAAGCUCAAUGACGAGCUUCGAAUAAUCGGUUGUAUUCACGUGCCGGCUAACGUUAAUUCCAUCAUCGACAUCCUCAACGCUUCGUGUCCGACCAGACAAAGUCCCAUCGCGCUUUCUGUUCUUCACCUUAUUAAACUCAGCGGACGAGCCACUCCACUUUUCAUUGCUCAUGAAAAACAGAGUAAAUCCCCGUCAAACAACUCAUACUCCGAGAACGUGGUCCUCGCGUUUAAUCGGUUGGAGCGAGACAAUUGGGGAGCCGUAUCAGUGAAAUCAUUCACUGCGGUUUCUCCACCGAAUUUGAUGCACGAAGAUAUAUGUAACCUCGUCAUGGAUCAAUUCACAUCUUUCUUAAUACUUCCAUUUCACCGCCGGCGACAUGUCGACGGCAGCAUUGAAUCGGAAGAUCAAACAGUUAGGAGACUAAACUUCAAUAUCCUCCAAAAACCGCCUUGUUCCGUAGGGAUCCUUGUUGAAGGUCAACGCCAUGUAAAAUGCAUCAACUCGAGAGAUCAUAUGCAUGACCAAUACCCAUUAGCUAACUCUUCAACCUACACCAUUGCUAUGAUAUUCAUGGGGGGGAAAGAUGAUUGGGAGGCUUUAGCUUUAGCCAAACGCAUGUCCCGAGAUAAAAGCGUUAAACUAACGGUGAUUCAAUUUAAAGCUGUAGACGGGUUCCAAGAUGAUGAUGGUGACAGAAUGAUGGAUAAGCAACUGUUGAGAAAUGUUAAGGAGAAUACAAGCACAACAUACAUUGAGAAGGAGGUGAAGGAUGGACCAGAAACAUUAACGUAUCUUCGAUCCAUUGUGGAUGAUUACAAGCUAUUCAUUGUUGGAAGACGAUACAAGCGUGAAGAUCCACAGACUGUGGGUCUCCAUGAAUGGAGUGAAUUUCAAGAUAUCGGUAUCAUUGGGGAAUUACUCUCAUCUCCAGAUUUUGGUGGCAAACAUUCUGUGUUGAUUGUGCGACACCAAUAACAACA